AUGGAUAAAGCCCGGCACUGUCUCAUAUACCACUACCAUAACCAAACUGUCACCGUUGAACCCAGAGUGUCUCUGGUUGGGAACAUCUCUGAAGGUGACUUCUCGAUCCUGCUGGUGUCGGUGACAGUCCAACGUAGUGGCACCUACCUGUGUCGCCUGCGUUCUCCACAUGGCUAUUCAGACAUUCAUGAGAGUCACACACAGGUCACAGUGGUGGAGAGAUCAGGGCAGCACAGGAGUUUCCCAGGAGAUCUCCAUAAACCUGGUGUAAACCAUCCGGAUUGGCUGUUGCCUCUCUGCUGCGUGCUUUUUUCACUCUUCCUGGUGGGCGGAGUCACAGUGGGAAUAUGCGUGUGUCGGAGGAGGUCACCGCGGCAACAAAAUGACAAGUGUCACAUCCAGGUGAACGUAACACGCGGAGAAGACACACGGGAAGCCAAUGGAAACAAGGACACAAACUGCUAUGUCACGCUCCAGAGGCUCAGGGCCCCGCCCCCUCCCACACCCUCUAGAGGAGAGGGCAUCUACGUUACCAUGCACGGCACUCCCGCUGGGCCUUCAGGUGUCCAUUCCAAGCCCCAGACUCACCCCAGCAGAAAGACUCUCCCAGAGGAGUGGCGGCAACAGGAAAUACCCACAAAGCCCCAACACUGCCCUUGAACACCUCCAACCAACCCCUCCUCAGAAGACUCAGACACAGGGAACUGCUGUGUUGAGACUAUCAGCUCGGCGAUUUCAAAUCACCAUUGAUCCUUUGCGCCAUUGCCGAAGAACCACUAUGUUUGGUUCAUUUCAAAAGAGGUGAAAAUCUGUUACUUUGGAAGAGAAUCCAGAACCACCUAUAUCCAAAUUGAUCUCUGACACUAUAAUCAGAGUGGUUAUUGAAGUUAGGAAAAAGAAGAUUCCUAUAAUUUAGCUAUAUCAAGAUAACGUAUUACGAUUACUUAGAAGAUCCUUCCUUCUUGCUAAUAGUCCCAUGGGUGCAGACGAGCCCUCUCAGCUCUUAAGUGUAACCCUAACAGAGAUGAAACAGUUAUUAUUGUUUGACCGGUAGGGAUUUUAAAAACAGGAAGUGGGGAGAGAGGUAAUCGUGCACAUGGUUUCCUCCACCAGCUGUAACACUCUGUAGCAAUUACCCAGGGGACAUCCCACAGGAUAUAUACAGGACAUUCGCAGGACAUUGCAUAGGACAUUCACAAACCAUGCACAGGACAAUCCAUUACAUGUGCCCUCCCUAUAGAUACUUUUUUGCAAGGGUGUGAUUUGUUUUUCCUAACUUACUGUCUUGGUGUGAAGUUUGUAAGUUGUUUUUUUAUCGAUAAAAAAAAUCAAUCAAUCAACAAUGAUUUUACUAA